AUAUUUAAAGGUACAGAGUGCCAACGCGGACUGAGCUGCUGUUCACAAAUUACAGAAGGAGGUGUAGAGAGAAGCUGCAGAGAAGCUGUUGAUAAUGAUGCUGAAGUCCCUGGUAUCCCUCUGCGUCCUGGCUGCUGUUGCCUUUGCUGUGCCCCCUCAAGAGAAGCGCGUCCACCACCAUGCUGAUCUGAGUGACCACGUCCACGACGAUGCUCAUGGCUUCCAGUAUGACCAUGAGGCUUUCCUGGGCAAGGAGGAGGCUAAGACCUUUGACCAGCUAACCCCCGAGGAGAGCAAAGACAAAUUAGCAAAGAUUGUGGACCGCAUUGACACUGAUAAGGAUGGCUACGUCAGCCACGCAGAGCUGCACUAUUGGAUCAAACACCGCCAGAGGAGGUACAUUGAGGAGAAUGUGAACAAACACUGGAAGGAUUAUGAUAAGAACCAUGAUGACAAGAUAUCCUGGGAGGAGUACAAGAACACCACCUACGGCUACUAUCUGGAUGGGGAAUUUGAUGAUGUUGAAGACAAGGCUACCUACAAGUCCAUGCUGACCAGGGACGAGAGACGUUUCAAGAACGCUGACCGAGACGGUGACGGUAUUGCCACUCGUGAGGAGUUCACUGCCUUCCUUCACCCUGAGGAGUUUGAUUACAUGAAAGAUAUAGUAGUGCAGGAAACUGUGGAAGACAUCGAUAAGAACGGGGAUGGCAAAAUAGCCAUAGAUGAAUACAUUGGGGACAUGUACACACCAGAGGAAGGGGAGAGUGACCCCGAUUGGGUGCAGACAGAGCGGAAACAUUUCUUAGAGAUCAGAGAUACCAACAAGGAUGGCUACCUGGAUGCUGCUGAGGUGGCCCACUGGAUUUUGCCAGGAGAGGUUGACCAUGCUGACAAUGAAGCCAAGCACUUGAUCCACGAGACAGACACUGAUAAGGAUGACAAAAUAACCAAGAAGGAGAUUCUGGCCAACUGGAACAUGUUUGUGGGCAGCCAGGCAACCAAUUAUGGGGAGGAUUUAACGAAGAAUCACGAUGAACUUUGAUGAGCCGUCAGGUUCCGAGAGAAGCUCAUUUGGGGUUAUAUUUAACUGCAAUAGAGAUUUCUGUUCCUGUGGUUUUGGGUGGGGCAGGGGAGGGACUUAAUACAGUCAGUAAAGUAUGGUUCUGACUCUAGGCUGACUCUGUAUGUUGACAUCAAGGGUAUAAUCAUGUGCCCUUAUACACACGUGCACAAUACACAACUUCACACACAGACUUACUUCAGCAUGUAGGCACAUACUGUGUAUGUGACCCUAUACACAACCUUCUCCCUGUUUUAGCUGCAGAUUAUAGAGAUAACAUAUCGUUUGUUGUCCAGUGACAAAUGUAUCUCCUAAAUAUCACAGCUACAACCAACAUGCACUGGCAUCCACUUGAAACAAUGCUGCCUUCAAGCCAAAGAAGUUCAAAAGUGCCUUCAAUAUACGGGGAUGCAGUUGUUCGUUUUUUUUUUUUUUUAAAGCCAGCAAACGUUGUUUUUUUUACUGAGACACAAAUGGUUACAAAUGUCAGAAA